AUGUUGAAACGACUCAAUCAAUUCAGAGACUACAAUGUAUUGAGAACCCGCGAUCCAACGGCUCUGGGCAAGUGUGAUGUAGUUGUUGAUGUUGGAGGAGUCUACGACCACGCGCACAAGCGCUAUGAUCAUCACCAAAAGGAAUUUGCAGAAACAAUGCAAACAUUGGGUGUUCUUGAUUUCAACACUAAACUGAGCUCAGCUGGUUUGGUUUACGCUCACUAUGGAAGACAGUUGAUUGCAGAGAUCCUCGGUUUAUGUCACGAUGACAAGAUGGUUGGAAUUUUCUACAGAAAGCUCUAUGAAACAUUUGUGGAGGGAAUAGAUGCUAUCGAUAAUGGUAUUCCUCAGUACGAUGGGACACCGAGCACAUUUGUUAAAAGCCAUCCCUUAAGUGUUUAUGUUGAUGACAUGGGUAUAGGCGAAUUCGAGGCCAGUGUCUCAUAUUUGGCUAAUGUCUGGUGGCCGGCAAGAGAAAUUGUAGAGAAAGCAAUCGAUGAAGCUACUCAGACAGACAGCAGUGGAAGAAUUGUUCACAUUUCAUCAGGUGGUGUUCCUUGGAAAGAGCACUUCUUUCAGCUGGAGGAAGAGAAAGGUCUAUCGUCUCGGAAUAUGACUUAUAUGAUCUAUGAAGAUACCACAUCUAACACCUAUCGCAUACAAGCAAUUCCAACUAACAGUUUUUCUACUUUUGAUAACAGAAUGCCUCUUCCUAAAGCUUGGCGAGGUUUACGUGAUGAGGAGCUAUCAAAUAUUUGUGGAAUUGAGGGAUGUAUCUUCGUUCACAUGACCGGAUUUAUCGGUGGGAACAAGACUUUAGACGGCGCUUUAGCCAUGGCUAGGAAAGCUAUUCAGAUUGGUGAUGCCGAGGGAUUAGUCAUGGAUGAACGCCCAGCAAAAAUAGCCAGCAGUGUAGCUGUUACCGCGACAAUCGUUGGAGUUGGAGCUGCUGCUGCGUAUAUUUAUAGCAAACAUUUUCGUUCAAUACGAAGACAAAAUGAGCAUGUAAGGCAUGCAAUAGAGGUGUUAGGUUCGGAGAUCCAUGCCUUGAGAAAGGAAAUCAUGGAAUUGAAGAAGCAAGAGAACGGCGUCAUUCCUCGAACACCUUCAAGAAAUCGUGGCCGCCUUCGAAACCUUGAGAAAGGUGGUGCUGGAGAUGGUUCUUCUACCUCUCAGAAGUGCAACCAAAUAUAUGGGCGAAUAUCGAGUUAUCAGUCACUAACGUCCGAUACCGAUUAUGCUGAUGCUGAGGAGGAGUGGGAAAGUGAAGUUGUGUUUAGUUCGCCUUCUAAACAACCAGCUGUUCCACUUCCAUCAAUGUCUUUCGCGGAUAUAGAUCAAAUUUUUGGCACAGAGAACGUACGACCGGGCUACGACAUUCUUAAGAAGCGCUACGAAGAAGGCGACAAGUCGUCCGAGCUCCUUUGGCGGCUUGCCAAAUUCUGCCAUGAAAUGGCCUGUCGCACCUCUGACAAGAGCAAGAAGAAGGAUUUCGUACUGGAAGGCAAAGCAUUUGCUCUAGAGGGGCAUCAGGCCAAUGAGGAUGAUUUUAAUGCGUUGAAGUGGGCAGCAAUUAUGACCGGGCAAUCAACAGAUUAUCUUGGAACCAAAGAAAAAAUAGAGGAAGGUGGAAAGUUUAAGGAGCUAUUGGAUAAAGCGCUUGCUAGAAAUAACAAGGAAUUUUCAUUGUUGCACAUGAGGGGAAGGUACUCGUACUCUGUGGCGAAUCUCUCCUGGAUCGAACGGAAGGCCGCUGCGGUGUUCUACGCUACACCUCCUACGGCCUCAAUGGAGGAAGCGUUAGAUGACUUCCUAGCAGCUUACGAAGAGAAACCAGAAUGGAUGGAGAAUUUGAUCUAUAUUGCGCGUAUCUACUUAGCUAAAAACGACAAGGAGAACGCCAAGAAGUUCCUCAACAAAAUACUUGCCAUAUCACCAUCUGAUGAGUCAGAGCGUGAACUUCUGCGAGAAGCCAAUAAAAUGCUGGUGAAAUGCUAG